GCGACUCCCUGCUUGUCAUAAAAUACCUACCUGGUCGUCCCCUCCGCUACUCCCACCACCUCCACUACACACCUCUACCUCACAACCACUCAAUCAGUCAGCCUCUCAACAAGAUUAAAACAAACAUUCACUCGUCCAUCAUGAGUAACGCAGAAGGAGAUCCGAUGCCACAUCCAUCCAGGCAGGAGUUCUUCGUCUAUGGGAUGAUCACUGUAUUGUUGGACAGUGCAAUGGACUGCAACAUCUGUCGCGAGCCACUCCGAGUGGAUGCCCUCACCGAUGACGAGACCGACUCGGAAGCAAGCAUCGAUGCUUCCAUCAGCGAUGUCAUCGGAGAAGCUUCAGACGACACACCCAAGGGUGCACGAGUGGAUGCUGCCGAGACCGACCCACAAGCAAACGUCGAGGCUUCUAUCAGCGAUGCCAUGGUAGAAGAUGGCGGCCACGAACCCGAGGUUGCAGUCCGUAUCGCUCACUGUGGUCAUGUCUUCGGUUACACCUGCCUCGUCCACUGGUUCAGCACAUCAGAAUCUAAUCGAUGCCCUAUGUGUAACCAGGAGCUCUUCCCGGUCGCUGCCAAAAUCUUGAUACCUUUCGAGUGGCCAACUUUCGGACAACGUAUCGCUUUUACGUACCUCGUUGAGACGCACCUGCGCGACCCCCAAGGUGCGGCUGUGCUUAGGGAGCACCUGAUGAGCCACUGGACUGCACAGAUCAUGCUGGACUUCUUCAACGAAGUUCUCGAAGAGCCGGGUCAUGAGCUUGUGUAUGUGAACGCGCCAGCUGACUUCGAUAUGGAUGAGGUCUAUGAUUAUGAGCUCGAUGACGAUGAGGACUCUGAUAUCUUGGGUGAUUGAUGCAUAAGACGAUGAGACGGAGGCUAGAGAAUUGGAGUACGGCGCCAUUGACGUCGCAGGGGAGCAUAUCACUGGAAUGAACGAGGACUGAGGCAGACGUGCCGAGUUGCGCCACACUUGGACACUAUGACAUCGACAUGGGUUUGGACGAUGCUUUCUCCUAUUACUGUACUUUCGAUCCGGACCAACGGCUGUUCGAAGAUAAAACGGUUUACUGCUAUCAUCAGAUUGUUUGGAAA